CUUCAACGCAGAUACUAUGGUGCUAUCAACUCGAAUCUCGAUAAGAUCGGUCGGUUAUUCGUCAACAUCACAUUUUCAGUAGUUGUGGAUCAAAGGUGGUCGUCUACAAAGGCUACCUUAGUCAUCAGGUAUUACAUCAAUAAGGGCAUACUGUCGAGUUCAAUCAUUUCUUGUGCAUCGGAGUUCUUCCCUGUUCUGUUGGUUGCACACUGGCUAGCUUGUGGAGGAGCCGAAGAAAAAGCAGAAGACAUCGAGCGACGUCGACAGAUCCGUCAAGGGGUACGGGCACUGAUGAAGGAAUUUUUGAGAGACUAUGUCCACGGAGUGUUACACGUCAAAUUCGCGGAUAAUGCUCCACCUCUUGUUAUUAAGCCGCGAUUUCACUAUUUCACAGAUUUUGAUCACCUAAUGGAAAUUCACUGGCUUACGAACGAUUACGUCUCACUUGUUGCCGACAUCCUUCAACUCAUUCUUUUCACUGUUCUGUACAUGUUCGCUAGAAGUCUGAGUAACGACAGGCUUGAUGCACACCACAAAGCUCAUGCUAGAGGAGAUAUUUCUAUUCUGUUUGGUUGCUGCGUCAUUCUAUUUGUCAAGUUUAUCUUACAUCAGUGGGUGGAAGUGGAAUUUCAGCGGAAGGAUGGGUUCACUACUACGAAUGAUGCAGUUAUUGCAACCAUUUGCUAUGCUACAAUUCAGGCUUCCCAGUGGCUGCAAUACUUAUCUAUGCGACGACUUCUGGCCUUGUCGGAUCGCGAUUGCCGAGCUACACAAAACGAUUUUUGCCGUUGGCUGCUCGUAGGAGGGUUGCUAAUGGCUUGGAUUCACUUCGGUAUCACUUUCUUCGACACCUCUCUGAUCAAGUAUCAGUUAACUGACGAGACCUUCAAUUUCUCGAAGACGACAUUGGUUUCCAUGAUCUUCACCCAGACCAUCUUCCCUGCCGAUUACUUGUUUGCGUUCACUGUUAGCGGCUGCUAUUUGGAACUUCUACAGAGAUACCUGAACAUGGGCUUCUUCCAACUCGGUACACCUCGAGUGAGCAUCAGUCAUUCCCAUCACCACGAUGAUGAAACACCCGAGGUUUGGAAGUAA